GGUCAAAAUGGCUGCAAUAACUCUGGAUGAUUUGUAUUUCGUUGCAUUAGUGACAAUAGCUUCGGCAUGGCAGCUUGUGUAACUGGACAGAAUUAACAUCUACUCAUGCAAAGAGAAUGGGUAUGUCACGAAUGAAGUUUAAAAUAGAUCCCCCAUCUAUGGAGGGGCCUCCUGAGUUCCUCCGCACAAUCAGAGCUCAACAGAAUGGCCUUGAGUUCUACCCUAUAUUUAUUGUAACAAUGUGGAUAUCAGCCAUCUUUCUCCAUCAAGUUCCUGCUGCCCUAGUUGGGGUGCUGUAUAUCUAUGCUAGGCAGAAUUACUUCAAUGGUUACAUCAAAGAUGCCAAAUCGAGGGUUGGUCCAUUCAAAAUGAGUGUUAUGGCAUUACAAUUAGGACUAGUGAUGUCACUAUUUGGUUUACUGCAGAUGGGACUCUUGAAUUACGCAGGAGUCAAUCUCAAGAUGGAGGCCAUUAGGCUCUACAAGUCUGUUGGAGGGCCUGAUUUGAUGUCAUAAGAGGAAUCCUGAUUUGAUGUCAUAAGAGGAAUAAUGUCUUACAGCAUAAUGGAUUCAAUCUCAUAUAAUAUCAGGAGUGAUUUUGAAUAAUAUCUGGUGUCAUAAGAAUGAUUUUAUACU